AUUCUGGGAAAUUAGACUUGGAGCAUUCUGAGUUGUGUUUCGCGUGUGUUCUCUUUGGCUUGGGUGGGUAAUAAUGACGAUACGAGAAAAGGGGUGUUUUUUGCGAGAUGUUUGGGCGCAACGACAAGACAACAUGCCACCAUCAUCAUCGAGGAAAACACUGCGUUACUGGCUGGGGAAAACUUCUGGGCGCGAGUUUGUCAUUGAAGGGGCAAGAAAGGUUUCGCGAUCACUUGCGUCUUCUUAGUUCUUUUUUAGUACGGUGUUUCUUUCUUUUAGUGUUUUCCUUCUACAAUUCCCUUUGGUUCAAUGGUUUCUUUCUUUUGCACGUGUAUAUCUGUUUCAGGGUUUCUCAAGGGCUUGAUUUUUUUUUGGUUGACUACUGUAUCCCGUCUUCUUCUCUGUUCGUUCUUUUAUCUUUAGGAUUCCCCUGUUUUUAUCACCCCUUUUCCAAGGUGGGAUCGGAGCGAGGAGUAACCGAUGUCUGCUGGAGGUCUUUCAACGGGAUUGGCGCUGUUCUGUUUGUGUUUCUUCUACCGGUUUGGGGGAUAGGAGGGGAGGAGAGAAGAGGAAGCUUCUUAUAUGACGGAGCUGGAAAGGAAUGUUGACGAUAUGGGGGGUGGAGAGCUGUGGUUGGCUUCCUUCAU